UCUAUUUUUCAGUCAAUACGCUCUGUGCUGUGCAUGAGAGUCUGAAGAUGUGGUUAAUUUUUCUUCUACUCCAACUGGCAUCUCUGCUUCCCUUCGGGUUUCUAUGCCCCAAUGGCUGUGUGUGCUUUCCAGAUGGGGGUGUCCAAUGCACAGGGGCCAUCACUGAUAUACCGCUGCUGGACGCCAGUCAUACCUUUCGCCUGAGUCUUAAUGACACGUCCCUCAAAGUCCUCAAAUCCCAAAGCCUUCAGCCUCUUAUUUUACUCCUGAGAUUUAGCAUCACUCACAGCGUUCUCGACACCAUCCACCCGGAAGCCUUCUACAGCGCUCCUCAGCUCCGGUCAAUCAAGUUAUCAUCUAACGCCCUCUCUGUCCUUCCACCCGGGGUGUUCAGAAGGCUUGUCAACUUGGAGCAGCUGCAUCUGGAUGGAAAUCAGCUGGUGUCCCUCAGUCCAGACAUGUUCGAAGGAUUGGGAAACCUCACUGAACUGGACAUCAGCAAGAACCAGAUAUCGCAGCUGGAUGCCAACACUUUCCAGGACAUGACAAGCUUGUAUCACUUGAACCUGGCUGGGAACUUGCUACGGAAGCUCCCGCAAACGUUGUUCCACAACCUGAUGCAGCUCAAGUCACUGAUUCUGACCUCUAACAAGCUGGAGACUCUGGAGGAAGGUUCCUUUGAUCAUCUACACAACCUGCUGGUGCUAAUGCUGCAUAAGAACCAAAUACAAGACCUCCCUCCAAAGCUGUUUUGGCACAUGCCUUCCCUGCUGACCCUGACUAUGUCUGGCAACCAACUCUGCUACCUUCCAGCUGAGAGCCUCUACUUUCUACCCAACCUUACCAAACUUACCCUCUACAAUAACCCCCUGAUCUCCUUGCCAGACCAGCUCGUAGGCCGCAUGCCAAGACUCAAGGAGCUCUACCUCUAUAACACCAACCUCAGCACUGUUCCCUGGAACCUCUUCGCUAACAUGACAGGUCUUAUGUCUCUAAACUUACACAUAAACGAGAAGCUAACAUCCUUGCCAAGGAACCUCUUCUGCUGCCUACCAAACCUUCUGAAGCUAUCUUUAAGAUACAACAGCCUCCAGGCUCUUCAACCAGACCAAUUUUCACAACUAACCAAACUUCAGAUCCUUCUGCUCAAUGGCAACAUGCUUCAGUCCCUUCCAGCGAGGAUCUUUUACAACCUGCCAAAGCUUGCAAAGCUUGAGCUGAGUAAUAACUACCUUGAGAAUCUUCCAGGAGACACUUUUCUUGAUUUAAACUCGUUGCAGUCUGUUACUCUUGGACACAAUCGAUGGGAUUGCACCUGCAGUAUUACAGGUUUUGUGGAAUGGCUCAAUCAAAAUCAAAGGGUAGUUUCAGAUGUGGAUGAUGUCCUAUGUCACAAACCUCAACUCCUACAAAACCGCAAAUUGACCUCACUCACAUUCGAGUGCGGCACAACGGUCCGACCCACGUAUGAUUCUGUUUUGGUGAUGACUUCGUCAGCAAGCCAUCCAGAAUCAAAAUCAACAGCAGGACAGGAUAGAAGAACCACUAUCAAUACGGUGCCUCCAACAAUCCUACCAGCAACCACACUUCGGUCAACCACAACCACAACUAGCUCUGCUCAGACCUCCCUGCCAAUUACGACACCUGAGGAAACCUUCUUUAAAAUAAUCAAUACAUUUGAUGACACUGUGGUCCUCGAAAGCUGCUCCAGCCUUGUUCACCACAGUCGUUACAAGAGCUGGGUGUACCUCUGGACCGUCCCACCUACUGGACUGUACAGUGGACUUUUGCUGGCCUUGCAUAUUGUGCUCAUUGCUACUGGUGUUAUCCUGACUGUGGCCAGUGCUUAUGCUUUGUAUCGUCUAAACAAAGUGGCGUGGGAAUUAGGCACCUCUGUUAGUACACAUCAAAGAAUAUUAGGUAAAAGAUUACCAAGUUUUACCAAACUCUAGACAAUGUGCACAUUUCAUUCUAUCAUUUAUGUGUGUGUGUUUUUAUUUACGUAAAGGAUAGCAUAUGUAACUGUUUAAAGCAUUUAGCAUUAAACAUGUAUGAUUUUUUGUUGGCUUGGCUGCUCCAUAGAAAUGCGUCAUAGUUUAUUUUUGCAUAUUGUGAGACAAAAAAAUUUAAGUGUUGUGUUAUGUAUUGUGGCAAGUUUUAGUUUUACUCUGCAGUUUAGUGAGCAGACUAACAUUACCACGUCCUGUUAUCAUCACCUACAUGAGCUCUCUAUAUUCUACACUGAUAAGUUUGUAGUAUGUUGUCAGUUUAGCAAGUUGCCUAUUCAGGUGUUGUGCUGAAUUCUGCCUCUCUGCCAGAAUUUGCCUUCCCUUUACGGGCAUGUGCAUCAUGUAUGAAAAUAAACUUAACAGAUUGUAGUGUGAAGGUUCCACUACGUUAAAACCUAUUUUUUAAAUCUGUUUUUUAUGUCUGAAACCACAAUAUAUCAUUUAAACACAGAACCUGACAUCUUUACAUUGAUGAGUGGUUUAACAGAAAUGCUGCAAAUUACACAAAUAAUAAAUAAAAUUCAGCUCGGAAGUUAUGUAUAAAGACAUUUAGAACAAUGUUAUUUUGUUACUAUAUUAUUGUCUUUCUUCAUCCUAUGGCUUUUAUUAUUGCAACCAAAAAUUAAAUGCUUAAUUUCUUUGACAAUUUGUUGUUAUUUACGGCACCCUAUGCAAUAAUAGGUGAAAUGUGUAACCAUAAAUAUGUAAUGACAUUUUUAAUGUCAUUCUCCCACUAGCAGCUCACUACUUACUAUAUACUAUAUUUAACUGCUUAAAUCUAUUUCCAGGUACAUAUUUAGUUACACUACAUGUACUAUAUUUAACUGCUUGGAUCUAUUUUAAGACACAUAUUUAGUUACACUUCACACAGAUACAGAGAGAGAAGGAAAGAGAGAGAGAGAGAGGGAGAGAGAGAGAGAGUGGGAGGAACUGUUUGCGCUAAUCAAUGGCACUAUUGUUUGGAAUUUUCACACUGUUUCCCUUACUCAGCAAUCCUGCUUCAGGUGAUGUGAGGCGCUCUAAUCUGGUUUGAGCCACUCCCACAUGAGUAAGAGCAUCAUUCAGGAAGCCCAGCCCUCAUAUGACACAUCACUACCUUUCCAAACAUUGCACUGUACGUUCCAGCCUGGUCCUGUGCAACGUAACAUUCCCAGAGGUCUUAUCAGAACAAAUCACAAGAUACUGGAAACUGACUAAUCAAGAACAACGAGAGUAAAAAUGAUAGUGCUCUCAGUGCUCAUUAACCGGAUAUCUUAAUAGAAAAGACGCUGAUUGAUUCA